UGUUGCCUUUCUAUGGUCGUUCGUACGCAACAGUGGAUACUGUACUUCACUGAAUGGACCAGUGGGGGAGCGGGGAGGGAGAGAGGAGGGGGACGUCAACAAUCCAUCAACCCUUUCCUCUCGUGGGACUGAAUUCAGCGGGAGUUUGAAGCCUGAAUAAGCUGUCUACUUUGCUGUGUUUUGGACAGUGGCGAACGGCAACAACAGCAGCAGCGAAAGCAGCAACAUUUCACGCAGUCAAGUCCAAGAAAGGUGGAGACUCCUGGUCAACUUCCUGCACCAUAAUCUUGCAGCAGCACCCAGAGAGAAGUAGGGAGGCGGGCGCUGCCACUUCUGCUGAGAAUGCUCGGCUGAGGACGAAUGGAUACACGGCGUUAUUGACUUAUUUACUGGUCGAUAAUCGACAGCGUACACCCCGUGGACUACUGUACGUGGCUACCUGGCUAGUCGCUAACUAGCGUCGGUGCUGCUGGAAAACACAUUCCCAGCGUUCGAGAGUGAGGCGCAGCGAAGGGCAGGAAUGGAGGUCGUGGUGGAGUACGAAUAUGAGGCUGCCCACGAGGACGAGCUGACCCUGCGAAUAGGGGACAUCAUCAAGAAUGUGCGGUAUAUUGAGGAGGAGGGCUGGAUGGAGGGUGACCUUAACGGGAGAAGGGGUCUUUUCCCUGACAACUUUGUGAAGGAGCUGAAGAAGGAACCCAAAGAGGUCAAAGAGGUCAAAGAGACAAAGAGCGAGACCAAGGAGGAGAGCUCUCAGCCUCAGAGGAGAGAGAAGAGCGCUGGCAACGUGGCCAACCUGGUUCAGAGGAUGAGCACUAUAGGCAUCCCCACCUGUGGCUUCCUGCCUCAGCCACCGGCUGCUGCAAAGAGUACGAUGCUUUGUUUGUCUUUACCCUCCAACUUUGUAAAAGAGCGGGAUGCAGGAGAGGAAGGAGAGACUGUGGACACUACGGCAGAUGAGACAAGUAAAGACACACAAAACGACGUAAGUGGAACUGAGCUCACCGGCACACCCCCGGCACCACAGUCCACCUCAGGAAACGGAGUCAUCGCACAGCCCAAGAAAAUCAGAGGCGUCGGGUUUGGAGACAUUUUCCAGGGAGGGUCUGUUAAACUCAGAGCCCGUCUACCCAGCCCUGAAUCAGAAGACAAAAAGGACAAACCAGUCCCAUCAUUACCCUCCGCCACAAAGCCUGCCCAUCCCACCAUGACAGAUUUGCAGAAAGCAGAAGGAGACAGCAAAUCUAAAGCUAAAGAAUACUGCAAAGUCUUGUUCCCCUUCGAGGCCUCCAAUGAGGAUGAGCUGAGUCUGAAGGAAGGUGACAUCAUCCAUGUCUUAAGCAAGGACACUGGAGAGCCUGGCUGGUGGCGAGGAGAGCUUGGAGGGAAAGAAGGCGUCUUUCCGGAUAAUUUUGUGACCGUGGUUCCUGAAGCAGAGAAGGAGUCUUCAACAUCGAGAGGUUCACUGAAAUCGUCACCAAGACAGGAAUCAGAAGAGAAACCAAAGAAACCUCCUCCGCCAUCAAAAAGCAUCGCUCCCAAACCAGAAGUUCCCAGCGCUGACAAGAAACCUCAUCACAUCAGGGCAGAAGACAAAGUGGACAAGCCUUCACCAGACUUCAAACCACUCAAGCCCGCAGCCCCGGUGGUCCCACACAAGAAGCCAGUCCCCCUUCCAGGGAAGGCCCGGCCAAUCAUCGUUCCCCCGAAGAAGCCGGACAAGCAUCCCAUUCACUCAGCUGACUUCACUUGUUGUGGUAGUUUGUUCCACUUGUUAGCAGCUAAAUGCUGCUUCGUCACGUUAGCUUUCAGCGCUCCACCAACUGGCCUGGAGUGUGUAGAUCUCAGAGCUCCGUUGGGUGUUUUCUAUUUUUUUUAUAUAUAUAACAUAGUUCUCAUGUUCACUCCGUCUUGUCAUGUUGUUUCAUCAGUUUCCUUGAUGUUAUCUCCAACAGCAGAUCUGAUGAGUUUUGAUGAGCUGUCGUAUACCUCAGAAAAGCUCUCUCACCCCACCGCUAACAGACCAAAAAUGCCCGGCAGAAGGUUGCCCGCCCAGUUUGGUGGCACUCAAUCAGAAACGUAUGUGGAGAAAUCCGUUAAGGCUGAUGAAGAGGACGGAGCCAAAUCAAAACUAACGGAGCCCAGAACGGUCAUUUCCAAGAAUAUUUCUUUUAAUGCCCCAGCAGCAAACAUCCUAUCACAUUCACCUUCCUUUCAAAAGCCCAGUCUGACUAGUACGGAGAAUGAACCCAGCCCGGCGGCGGCAGCGGCAGCGAUAGCCUCCAGCUCCAACAGCGUCUCUCAGGGCAACCGGUUCCGACCGGAGUCAGAAGAUUCCAGUUCCGACCUGGAGGAGCUGAGGGGCCAAAUGAAGGAUCUGCUGAUGUCUGUGGAGCUGCUGAAGGCUCAGCAAAUGAAAGAGAUAUCAGAUCUGCGACGAGAGCUGGACGAGGAGAGGAUAAAGCGCGUGACUCUUCAGAUGGAGGUAGAAAAACUCAAGCGGAGCGUUCACCGGACAUGAAACUCACGCUGCAACAACAGGGAAAGCCUCGGGCAUUGGCCGCCCACCUGUCGACCAAUCAGAAAACAGGAGGAUGGCAAAGAAAGAGUCGGCGCAAGUGGUCGGGCGGGAUGAAUCACCCUCCCCGAGCACAAAGCUUUUUUUUUUUUUUUUUUUUUUUUUUUUCUCCUCCCUGGUGACCACAAUAAACUCUCCCCAUAUUUGUAAGAUUUCCAAUUUGCACAUAUAAUUUCGUUUCAAGUGAGAUGUAAUUAAGUUACGGAUGUAUAUUUUCUCUCUUUUUUUUUUUUUUUUUUGCUUUUCCUUUGUUGCCAACACAACAAACCAGAGGCCUUACUUCAACUACUGUGCUGAACUUCCGCUAAAGCUCUCUCUCCUUCGUUCUGGCAGCCUUCGAACUCUUCAGGGAGGAGGUUCACCCACAGUACUACUGACUGUAAAAAGCAGGGGGCGCUUGUUUUUCCUUGACUAAUUUCUUCUCUCUCCUCUUUUCACACUCCUCAACUGAAUAUUUUAAACUCAAUUGGUAAACAUUUAGUUUCAGCUAACACCUUUGUAUCUUUGAGUCGAUUUGUUUUCGUCACACAGCCGCGGUCAGAGAGAGAGCCUAGCUUCGAUUAUUGUUUUUUUUCUUAUAUUUUAUACUUUUUUUUUUCUAACAUUCCUAUUCAGGAAAACACUACUGUGCCUGUCUAACAGAAAAUUCUAGCGAGUGUUUCUAAUAGGGGUCUAACAUUUACCAUGAUGGUGUCUGGAAUAUUUACAGCAUGAUAUAUGUAUAUGUCUAUUUUUUAAAUCUACUGAAAUGCUUAUCGUCAAAUAUUCUGUACAGAAGGCCUCAACUACGCUGGGCUAUUUUUUUUUUUUUUUUUUUUGCGAUGGUUGCUGGGAACAUUUACGGAACGUUAUCUAGGAGUCUAAAGCUAAUAUAGAUAUUUGACGAUCCCAGGGGAAGAGAGAGGAGGGCGCUGCACAAACAACGCAACGAAGAAAGCCUCUCUGUUUUUUUUCCCUCAUGUGACCGAUGUUCGUCCAAUCCCCGUCACACUCCAUUCUACCUCUGUAUCCCCUCCCCCCCCCCCGUCAGUGAUCCGAUCUGAGAUCGGACCGGUCUUUCCGAACUGUGACAUCCUUUCGCGUAAGCUACGGCCCCACCGCUCGCUGUACGUGCACCUGUACAUCUGGAAGUGCUCGUUUUAAUGGCUAGCUCGUUAAAAUAGUAUAAAAUUCAUGUACUGUCUAGGGAACAGGUUCAAUUUAAAAUUGCCUUUUUUUUUUUAAAUAGUACUUCGAUGGUGUCGAUACAUGUUGAAUGUACUUAAGGGAUGAAUUGGGGUAUUUUUUCAAUUCUAGCGACAAAAGGUCAGUACUGCGUGUACAUUUACGCUAAAACACAAGAAUAUGAUUUAAAAACUCUGAAGUCUGCAGUCAACAUUUAUGUCGAGAGAACAAAAGAACCAACUUUUCUGAGGAUUUAUCCUAGUUGUUCAACAAUUCAGGAAGUGACGUCUGCAACACAUCCAAAAACUCUGGGACAAAAAAAAAAAAAAGAAAUCUGGAAGAUUAUUCUAGCAAGCAUCUUCUGAACGAGAUGUUUGAUUUUUCACUUCAAGUCCACUUGAUGAACUCCCAUGGCACACUAAUGGAGCUGUAAUGAUAAAUGACAUGUAAAAGUCAUGCAUAAAGGCUAAAAUUCUAUUGUUUUCUUCGCCAUCUAUUGGGGAAAUGUGGGUAUUGCAGGAAAAAGGCAGAAGUAUAAUGACAAUAUAAACAAAUUAUAUAAUUUGGAAAGGUUUGGCGGGCCGGAUUAAAAAAGCUGAACGGGCCGCAUCCGGCCCCCAGGCCUUAGUUUGCCCAUGCCUGCUCUGAACAACGUACAAAAACCUCAUCUGACCCUGUCUUUAAAAAAAAAAAAAAAAACCUCACAGUUGUCAGUGUAGCCUCAGAGCUCAGCAUUAUUGAUUUGUCAAUCUUGCACUCCAGAGGUGUGACUGCCUUUUCCACUGCAGUGAUUUUCUUAAAAUUGGUGUUAGAAUGGCAGUGAUUACUAACAGCAUCACGUGGAUUGACAUCGUGACCGUCAGGGCCGCCCUACUGGUUUGAAGCAACUCUGAAAAAAAGGCUUUUUGUGAUGUUUUCCUUUGUCACUCUGACCAUACCCCGGGCUAAAGUUCCACCUUAGCCAUGACGCUAAUCUUCAAGCGUAACCGCACUUACCGAAACGGGACCAGCAGUCUCAGUGGUUUUCUUAGCAUAUAUUUGGAGUACGUUACCGUUUCCUUACACCUUUGAAGUCGAGGUCUGCGUCAUUAGCCUUGUAAUGCGAUAACGCUGUGGUUGCUAAGGCCAUUGGUUCUGGUCGUACAUGAAAGUCUGGAAACCUCCAUCACUGUUCCAACAUUUUCCUGUCCUGUCUCUGUUACGUCGCAAAGAGGAAGGGAACUAUCGCAAACAUGAGUGAAAGAUACAGAAAGAUCGUGAAAUCAAUCUUGACUCUACACUGAGUUUUUCUCCCAUUGUCUCACGACAGGCUUUAGUUUCUUACUACUGCUGGAAAAGGCUUCAGGGAUCGUGGUGUAACUAGAGGAAAUGUGAAGUCGCAUGUGAUUGACCUCGGAAGCUGACCCUUUUUCAGUGAGCUCACGGCAAUGACUUGCAUGCUGGAAACUAGCUCGCUAGCUGAGACAAUCCUGACCUACUGAGCACAAUGCUGACAGUUUUAUAGAGAGAACGCAAAAAUAGCUUCCUGGUUUUUUUUUUUUCCACUUGGCUAAAAAUAGCCAUUGGGCUGACUGCAGUUGUCAAUGUAGCCGCACCAGGUUGUUAGCGGCAACCGUAGCUGUAAAGGAAUUUUAGCCAAAUUUGGCGCUGAAAUCACGGCUUCUUCUUUGGGUGCUCAAAGUCACGUGCAGUACGGGGCUAAAGUUUAACGUAGUUAUGGCUUUUUAAAAAAAAAAAAAAAAAAAAACUUCGUCACUGACUGAACUUUGCCUUCACACCAGCAUCAGUACUGUACUUCGAGGUCGUCAAGCAACAGUUACAGCCAAAACACUAAACCAGUGCUAACGAUAAUCCCCGUCCCAAAAUCUUCACGGCGUUGUCUCCUUAAGAGCCUAAGACUAAAUUGUCUCCUACUUUUAUGUCGUCCUCAGACUUGAGUCCAAGUCACACCUGGGUCUGAAUGUCUCUGUGUGUUCGUGUCUGAAGCUUUUUGCUUGUGUCCCACGCAAAUGAAUGCAGCACACUUCCACGAUAACAGGUCACAUCUGUCUACGAUAAGCGAUGCAAUCACGCACUGUGAUGGUGUGUCAUGUAAAAAAAAAACAAAAAAAAAACAAGCUUAAACAAUGUGAGCGGUUGAUGAAAUAUCAGGUAGAGGGGUUUUGGGGAAGAGGGAAACAGAGGCGAUGUUUAUUUUUAUAUGACCUUAAAUGCAGCUUCACUUCCGCGUAAUUGUACAUUCCAGGAUAUGACACCAAGAGCAAAGGAAAAAAAAAUCAUGCACAUUAAUAACAUAUUUUCAUGUGACUGUUUACAAGAGCUGUAUCUUUGCAUGAGACUUAUUUCCAAAAUUGAAUAAAACCAUUAUUUACUGUCA